GGGGACAGCCCUGUGAACGGGCACUGGGACACGGGGACACGGGUCGGCGUCAGCGGGGACACGCAGGGGCGCAGGGACACCGUGGGACACCCCUGGGAACUGGCACUGGGACAGGGACGCACGUGGGACACCCCUGGGAACUUCUACAGGGACACGAGGGGACACGGGGAGACACCCCCGGGAGCAUUUGCAGGGACACGGGGAACGGGGAACACGGAGGGGCACAGGGACACCAUGGGACAACUCUGGGGUCUUGCUCUGGGACACAGGGGACACCCCUGGGAGCUCUUGCAGGGACAGCAGAGGGACCCAGGGGGACAGCCGGGGGUGCCGGGACACCUUGGGACACCCCGGGGAACUUGCACUGGGGUACAGGGUAUCGGGGACAGCCCUGGAAACUUUUGCAGGGACACGGGGGGACACAGGGGGGAACUCUGGGAACUUAAACUGGGGCACGGGUGUUGGGGACAGGGGGGGACACCCCUGGGGACUUCCAGGAGGGCAUGAGAGUGUGUGGGGACAUGGGGGUACACGGGUACCUCUGGAAACCUAUACUGGGACACGUGGGUGCGUGGGGACACCGUGGGACGCUCCUGGGAACUUCUCCUGGGACCUGGAGAGUCAUGGGAGUGCAUGGGGACACUGGAGGGGCAUGGAGAACUCCGGUGGGAACUUCCAGGAGGCUUCUGGGACCCAGCUGGGCACCGGGUGCCCGUUCCCAGCGGUGCCCUUGGGGCUCCGGUGCCGGCGGGGAUUUAAGGCCGGCGGGUGCCCGGGACAGCCACACUUGAGCCAUGGCUGCGAUGCUGAGCCUUGUCCUGCUGCUGGUGGCCGGCGGUGCUCGCGCCGCGGUGCUGCCGGACUCCAGGGUGGUCAAUGGGCAAGAUGCGGAGCCCUACAGCUGGCCCUGGCAGAUCUCGCUGCAGUACGAGCGGGACGGCACCUUCCGCCACACCUGCGGGGGCACCCUGAUCGCGGCCAACUGGGUGAUGACGGCCGCGCACUCUGGCGGGUCGCUGCCGGACCGGCUGCAGCAGGCAGAGCUGCCCGUGGUGGAUUAUGAGCACUGCACCCAGCCCGACUGGUGGGGCGUCCUGGCCAUCCGCCGAACCAUGAUCUGUGCCGGUGGCGCUGAGAAGUCUGGAUGCAAUGGCGACUCCGGGGGACCCCUGAACUGCCAGGCUGAGGAUGGCACCUGGGAGGUCCAUGGCAUCGCCAGCUUCGUGUCGGCUCUGGGCUGCAAUGCCGCCAAGAAACCCACGGUGUUCACCCGCGUGUCCGCCUUCGAGGACUGGAUUGAAGAGACCAUUAGAAACAACUGAGCAUGGCAGCGUCCUUGUCAUCGACCCCCCCAGCCUGGCAUUAGGCAAAUAAACCACAACUGCUG